AUGCUGGACGUCGGAGGAGAUCUCGGAGACUUCCAGCAACUCUUCCGACACCUUGAAGCUACUCGACAGGAAGUUGAUGUGGUGCACGCUGCCAAUGGCCUGGCAGAUAUGGUAGCUACCCCCAGUGACAUCCAUAUCCGGGAAGGCGACGACUGCAAGUACCUCGAAGCAUUCUCGAACAAACUCUUGGCUUUCAAGGUGCACGCAGUGGCCGAGGCGCUGUGGAGCCACUUUAAGAGCCUAGAGAAGCACGCAGGCAACGGCAGCCUCUAUCAAAAAGCUGAAAAGCAUAUCGAUGAGUCCAAUACGAUCCUGGAAGACUUCACAAUGGAGAUGCAUUCCAACACAUCUCGAGCAGAUAUUAAAGUUAAGCAGAUUAUCCGACGCUACGUGGAAGCCGACUGCGACAUUGUCAUCUGGGUCUCCCGUGUAUCGCCUGUUGAGAUCAAGCAUCGCAUGCUGCGAGGCCUGACGUAUCACCUCCGUGGCCACGCGAUCGCAAAGCGAUCACCCGCCUCCACACCGAGAAACGAGUUAUCUCAGCUGCAGUUCUGCUCGCUAAUCUCUUUCGACCGAGAAGCUCACGCGGUGUACGACCACAGCAGCGUUCAUGCUGCGUUGAACUUCCUCCUCAUCAACACAGCACAGAAAAUGAAAGUUUACCAGGAUCGCAUUGAGAAUAUCCUCGUUGAGCAAGUACUACACCGCGGACAACUCUAA